UUGAUUCUCGAGCGGCAAAAUGCAAUCUCAACGAAGCUCUGCCGAAUUUAAUGCUUAUCGAUGCGGAAAUUGCGGUCAAAAUGACAGACUUCGUCUCUGUAGCGGAUGUCGUCUCAUUAGUUUCUGUUCCAGCAAUUGUCAGCAGAGUUAUUGGCAGAAACAUCGACCUCUUUGCUUGUUAAUCUCGAAACUCAUCCGGGCGGAGAACAAAAACACGAUUUUUGAGGUGCGGAAAGAGAUGAUGGGCGAUGUUGGAGGUGCCGAAGGUUUGAUGCGAGCGAUUGUUUUGCUAAAUGAGAUGUUGCAUCAAUUAUUGGGACGCGAAUUGAGCAACGAAGAACACUUGUUACUUUCGUACCCAAAAUACUGCGAAGUGUGUUACGAGACUGAUCCUUAUAAGCUAAUUCGAUGUCCUGAUUGCAAAUUUUCCUCAUUUUGCAAGGAUGGCGAAUGUCAGGCAACGUCAGCUGCUGAUCCAAACAUCCAUAAAAAGUAUUGCGAACAGAAAAAGAUUGCUUUUUUGUGUAAAAGUCAGAUAAAGUACGAAAAAGUAUUUGAAUCGUUGCCCGAACCAACGAGUUUUAAGGAAUUUCUGUUUGAAAAUCCAUCGAGAGAUCUUUUUACGUUAAUUGAACAUCUAACAGAUAAGAAAUUCACGAAAAAUCCAUCAAAUCCAGAAGAAAUGAUUCCAUUUGUGACCAUUUGUCAGUUCACAUUUACAGCUACGAUCCUCCUUGCCUUGCAAAAAGUCAAAUUACUUCAACCUGAUCGAGAAUCGUUGUGCAUCGACAUCGUUGGAGCCAAUUACGAAGAGACUUACUUCAACGACGACACUUGUUCCUUAUUUUUUGCCUUCAUGCCGAAGUUGCAUUCGCUCAAAAUUAAUCUCAUAGGUCCUGAAGUCACGUCAAGUCGCACGGAAGACCUCAACUGCUUCGGAAAAACCGUUAAAAUGUCUUGUCACAAAGUUCCUUACGAAUAUUACACGGGCCCGCCGCCGGAUUUUAUCAUUUGCUUCAAUUGUGGCUUCAGUGAAGAGCCCUACGAAGACAACGAAGAAACCUCAUGGGUACGAGGCGUCUCCGCAAUCAUCAAAAAAGAAGUUCCCUUCGCUUUUACAACUUACACCGCAUCAGAAUUGACGGAUGAAAUCCAAUUCGUACAUCGAGCAGCAGAAAAACUCAAUGUCAAAGAUAAUUUAGCGGAAAUCUACAAGGGCGCGAAUGAUUUUAACGAUUUGAGACCAUAUCAAAAUUUCGAUAAAGCAUCCGAUGAACGUCUUUAUUACGCGAAUCGGAAACUUUGUGUGAUGAGUUGGAAAGAUUAAAAUAUUUUUUUUUACAUUUUAAAAACAGGUCAUUUAUUUCUUUUUGUAAUGUCACGAGUAAAAAAAUAAUUUUUGUAAGAAAGACUUUUUAAGCUGAAACAGACAAUUUUUCAGAUGUUUGGGCAACC